AUGGCGACUUCUUCACGCAGCGUCUCUCCCACACAGAGCAAGGCAAACCGCCGAGCACCACCGGCAAUAGCUCUGAUCAUAUACCCCAUCACAUUAAUCGUCGGCUCGAUAUUCUCUGCCAUUUCGCCGACUGCACGCCCACCGUCGCGAGGCUCCUCUGACCCGGCGAGUGCACUGGCCCCAACCAUUGCGGCCGACAUCAACGUCCCCGACGGCCAUUCAAGUCCCGUGAACUACUUUGCCCGGAAAAACAACAUAUUCAACCUUUAUUUCGUCAAGAUCGGAUGGGUGUGGAUAACUUUUGCAUUUUUUGCGCUACUUCUUACUCAACCAUACUUCACCAAGGCCCCGUCAGGUCUUCGUGGGAAAAGAUCCGCACAGGCGCUUCUUCGAUAUUCGAUUGUGACGCUCGCUUGGUUCUUGACAACACAGUGGUUUUUUGGGCCUGCGGUUAUUGACCGGGCCUUUGUGCUGACCGGUGGGAAAUGCGAAUCAUUGACACCACUAGCCGCAGCAGCAGGAGGAGGACUCGCAGUUGAUUCGUGGGAGGAAAUAAAACUUAUUUUCACGGCGGCUGCCUGUAAAGUGGCCGGCGGCGUAUGGAGGGGUGGACACGAUGUGAGCGGACAUGUCUUUAUGCUUGUCUUGGGCAGUGCCUUUUUGGGCUUCGAAACUCUAGGCGCGUCUCGUUCCUAUCUAAACGUAGCUGGAUCCGAGGCUAAAGCGAAAGAUGACUCGGACGAUGAUAGUACAUCAGAUAACGAGGAUGAUGAUGACUCGGUGCCAAUUUUUGCGCGGAGAUUUGCGUGGGGUGUUGCUGGACUGAGUUGGUGGAUGCUCUUCAUGACUGCUAUUUGGUUUCAUACAUGGUUAGAAAAGCUUUCGGGAUUGGCUAUCUCCCUUGGAGUCGCCUACGUCACAUACCUGCUCCCCCAGAGCCUUUUACCAUGGCGAGAUAUAACUGGAAUCCCGGGUUUGUAA